CUGCCAUCCCUACAGAUGCGACCCUGGUGGACCUUCAGCCUUCUCCUGCUGGCUACAGUAAGAGGGAGAGAGGUCUGCUACGCACCUCUUGGCUGCUUUUCCGAUGAAGAACCAUGGACGGGGAUCAUCCAGAGGCCUUUAAGAAUAUUCCCCUGGGCCCCCGAGGACAUCAGCACCCGUUUCCAUCUGUACACAAAUGAAAACCCCAACAACUUCCAACUGAUCACUGCCAUGAACCCAGCCACCAUCGCGGCUUCAAACUUCCACAUGGACCGCAAGACUCGCUUCAUUAUCCAUGGCUUCAUAGACAAGGGCGACGAGAGCUGGCUGCUGGACAUGUGCAAGAAAAUGUUUCAAGUGGAGGCGGUCAACUGCAUCUGCGUGGACUGGAGGCGCGGGGCGCAGACGGCCUACACCCAGGCCGCCCACAACACGCGCGUGGUCGGGGCGGAGAUCGCGUUCUUGGUCCGCGUGCUGUCGACCGAGCUGGGGUACAGCCCCGACGACGUGCACCUCAUCGGCCACAGCCUGGGCGCGCACGCGGCCGCGGAAGCGGGCAGGAGGCUGGGGGGCCUCGUGGGCAGGAUCACAGGGCUGGAUCCUGCAGAGCCCUGCUUCCAGGGAGCACCCGAGGAGGUGCGGCUGGACCCAUCCGAUGCCGUUUUUGUGGACGUGAUUCACACGGACACGGCGCCCAUCAUCCCGUUCCUAGGUUUUGGAAUGAGCCAAAAGGUCGGCCAUCUGGAUUUCUUUCCAAAUGGCGGAAGGCACAUGCCUGGAUGUGAGAAAAAUCUCCUUUCCACCAUCAUUGAUAUAGAUGGGAUCUGGGAAGGAACCCGCAACUUUGCAGCUUGCAACCACCUCCGCAGCCACAAGUACUACGCGAGCAGCAUCCUCCGGGCCGACGGCUUCCUGGGCUACCCCUGCGCCUCCUACGAGGAGUUCGAGGAGAAUGGCUGUUUUCCUUGUCCGGAUGAAGGAUGCCCAAAAAUGGGGCACUAUGCUGACCAAUUUCAGGGCAAAACUAGUGCUGUGGGGCAAACCUUUUUUCUGAACACAGGAAGUAGUGGCAACUUCACACGUUGGAGGUACAAGGUAUCAGUCACACUGUCUGGAAAGAGGAAACUGAGUGGGUACAUCAGGAUUGCGUUGUACGGAAGUAAUGGAAACUCCAAGCAGUAUGAGAUUUUCAAAGGAUCCCUCAAACCCGAGGCAAGCCAUGUUCGUGCCAUCGACGUGGACCUCGAUGUUGGGGAAGUUCAGAAGGUCAAAUUCCUCUGGAACAACCACGUGAUAAAUCUUCUCAGCCCCAGACUGGGGGCUUCGCAAGUCACGGUGCAAAGCGGAGAACACGGAACUGAGUACCACUUCUGCAGCAGCGACACAGUGCAGGAAGACGUCUUACAAUCCCUGUACCCUUGUUAGACACGCGGCGUGGCUCCUGGCCCUUUGCGAUAAUAAAGG